AUGACGCAGUCUCCUUCACCAUCUACGAUGACGUCACCUCACAAUACAAUGGAUAGAGGAAAUUAUACAAAACCGAAACGGCGCACAGAAGAAGGGCGCUUUCAAAAUGCUGUGCUUCGGACGAUGGCUAAUCUUGCGGGCUCCAAAGAAGAAGACGCAGAAAAUAAUCCUUUCCAAAUGUUGCAGAAAAUGGCCACUGUUAUUCUCACCAAAGAUGAGAUCAAGUCCAUCAUGCAGUACGUCGCCGAGUACAUGGAACGAAAUGACGUAGAACAUUUGGUAAGCCGGCUUUUGGGAGUAUUGAAUAAACCUGAGAAGCAUUUGUUGUUAAAUCAAAUCAGGGAAUUGGUUUCACCGUUUGAUCGUGGUCGUUUUGACAGCAUGUUGUCAGUUCAUGAAAAUAUUAACUUUCAAAAAUCCGAUUACAGAGAAAGAUUUAACGAAAAGGGGGAGAGAGGAAGGCGUCCCGGUCUAAAAGAAGAACAAUCUUUAUUGGCACGAGUCCAGUGUCGACGCAAGCAGUUGGAUGCUCAAUUGGAACUUUUGGAAAAUCUCAGGAAGAUAAAACCAAAAAUUUACAAACACAAAGAGGAAGACUUGAAUCUCAUCACUGUUUACGUGUCAAAGAAUAUCAGAACUUUAGGAAUCAGUGUAACUGGAGGCGCCGAUUGUAAGAAGCAGCAAGCUAUAGUCAUUGAAGAAGUCCACUCAGGUGGCGCUGCAGCUGAAACAAAACGAAUUAAACCUGGAAUGAUUCUUGUCUCUGUGGACGACGAAGAUAUAGAAGCAGCAAGUCACAAAGCGGCAGUUUAUACAAUUAGAAAGGCUUUCACUGACCGCAAAAAACCCUACAUGAAACUCGUUCUCCGUAAACCUGCCGACGUUGAAAGAUGGUCGACAUCAUGA